AUGAAUGUUAGUGAUCAGGCUCUUGAGCCAAUUGUUAUUUACCACAAGGCGAUUCGUAAUUUGCGGAAAAGACAGGACCUAAAUUCUCAAGAUAUAUUUGGACAACAAUCAAUAUUGCUGUCACUACUUGUGCUCUUAGUUUCAGCUGUGGUCAGCGGCUCAUCCGACUUUCGUACUAUUUUUGGUCUUAUCGAGACCUGCCUACAUAGUCUAAAUGGAGAAGAAGGCAUCUUACACGGCGAGCUUGGGACUUUUAUAAUCCGUCAAAUCCGCAAGUAUCGAGGAUAUGUAUCGCCGCUCCUUGGUCCCGGGCAGGGAGUCAGAAGAUUAAGUCAAUCGGUUGCCAAGCCCUAUACAAGUGACGGAUGGGAGGACAUUAGUGUCAAUUGUCAACUUUAUCCUCACUUCGAGAACGCUUGGUCGAUCAUCUAUGCCUUGAACGAGCAAGCAUGUAACAUAUACGUUUCCCGUGCUUUAGCUAAUCCGGGAAGUCCUUCGCGCAUCGAUUUGGUGACAGAAUUCAUCAACACUUUGAAGCGCCUACCUCCAGACUCACCUGGGCUGUAUAUGGUGCCCUGGACGAUUUUCCUGGUUGCUGCUGAGGCGCCUGAGCCUGAUCAACGUCAAUUCUUGGAGGGUGUCUUGCUAAAUCAUUACAAGCGUAAUGGCUUCGCUAAUUUACCCGUAGCGCUUCGAUUCUUGCAGAAAGUAUGGUCGAACCAGACGUACUGGAACUGGGCUCAAGCACUUACCGAGCUCCCAGUCUUUGUUGUUUAG